CAGAUGUGCAUCUCUAUUUGUAAUGAAAGAAUCAGCUUUAGUGUUUUCUCAGGUUUUCCCAGUGCCUUACAUCCCGCAACAUAAACAUCAAUAAAUACCGACUUCUGCACCAAAAACCACUGACCAUCGUGCUACUAUCGAUAAAAUCAUCUAAUUAUUCUCCCAUCAAAUAGACCAAUUGGCCAAAAUGAGCGAUGUCUACGAAGAUCACUACCAGGUUCUGGGCUUACCGAGAAAUGCCACCGACAGUGAGAUUAAGGAUGCUUUUCGGCGGCUGUCCCUGCAAUAUCAUCCCGACAAAAACGAGGAUGGAGCGAAGGAGUUCCUUAGAAUCAACGAGGCCCAUCGCGUCCUGAUUGACCAUCAGAGAAGGGCCUUGUACGAUUGCUGCUUCCAGUCCAUGGACGUUGAAGCCAUUAUUCCCGCUGAGAACGCUAAUGGCCAACUGCCUGAAUUGGGAAAUCCAUUCUUCCCAAUGCCACCCGAAACGCCGCCUGCUAGUUUUCGCGAAAAGCUCAAAGUUGCUGCCUUCAUCGGAGGCUUGCUGGUUGGUACAUACGUGGGGUACCGGGUAUUCCAGAAACCGCCGCCAUCUAUCCCAGUUCCCCGGCCAAUUCCAACGCAGGAACUAAGCGAUUCGCAUCUCGGAUCCCUAUGGACAUUGUCCUCCGGGCUAUUGGCAUUGAGAUCGAAAAGAAUACUGGGACUCGGCAAACUGGCGCCAUGGGCAAAUACUCGAGUUUCUCCUAGGACUCUGAACGCGCCCUUUUCUUCGGCUGCCAAAGUCGUGGCCAAAACAGUAAUCCGAGGCCAAAGAGCCGUAGGUUCUUCUGCAACUUCCAGUUCGUCCUUAGCAUCGGCUGCGAACGUGGCUGUGAAAUCCCUACCAAGCAAAGCUUCAGUGAAUUCUGCUACGGAAACAGUCGCUAAAACACUUUCCCAGGGAUCACGAGCUGGACCAUAUUCAGCUUUGAAAACAGUUUGGUCCUCAGCGGUUUCAUAUCUGCGCUCUCUUCUAAAUUGGGCAACUACACCGAAAUGGGGGAAGGCAACACCAGCAACCAUUGCUGGUUUGGUUCAUAACUCCAGACCAGUUUGGUCAUCUGCAGCAAAAAAUACCCUUGCUGCCUUGAUGUAUGCAUGCUCCAAAAUAUCUUCGUAUUUGCGCGCUUUGGCCGGGCGCUUUAUUAGUCCCACCUUUAGACGCCUCCAAAGACUACAAUCUUUUAAAGGAAGCUUGAAAAAUUGAAAAAUUCCAUAUCUGGUGACUCCGCUAAAAACGCGUAGAAGGCAACUCAGACAGAGCAGCUCCGCCUCAAUCUAAAGGUAUAUCCUGAAACAUGUUUUGCUUUUUUUAAUCAAGAAGCAUUAAAGAAAUAGGGUUAAAAUAGAAUCGAAUACGAUAUGGCAUACACACAAAAAAAAAUUCAAAUAAAUAAAAUUUUUAUACCUUCGG